UGUGUGAUGACCGUACACAAGCACUUCAGCUAGAGAAAAGUGUCAACACAUUUUCUAUUCUGCUCAAAGACAGGAGUUACUUGUGUUUGCUUCACAACAGCCAUGAAUUACAGAACAGUUGUUAUGUAUGUGGAAAUCGGUUGCUUUGUGACCUGCGUCUGCGGAUGGAUCUUGGUUUGUUCCACCAUGCCGCUAGAAUACUGGACUUACUCUGAAGUGGGUACUACAGUCAUUACCAGCGCUCACAUGUUUUCCAACCUCUGGAAAGACUGCACGUCUGACUCGACUGGGAUGACUGACUGCAAGGACUUUCCAUCUUUGUUAUCUUUGCAGAUGUACAUCCACUUCUGCCGAGCUCUAAUAUUCACCUCCAUACUCCUGGGGUUCUUUGGAGACAUUUUGGCCCUGGUGGGGAUGAAGUGUACUAAACUUGGAGGUUCUGACAUCAUAAAUGCAAGGGUUACCUUUGCUGCAGGAAUGAAUUACUUGGCAUCAGGUCUUUGUGCUAUGUUUGCUUUCAGCUGGUAUGGAAAUAGAAUUAUUUCAGAGUUCCUGAAUCCCACCUUCCCAACACAAAAGUUUGAGAUUGGAGCAGCGCUGUUCAUUGGAUGGGGUGGCUCCUCUCUUCUCCUAAUUGGGGGGCUCGUCUACAGCAUCUUUGCAGGACAGGAGGGCUGCAAGUCAAGCCCGACUGACCAAGAGAGUCUUGUGUACUCUGCAUAUGGAGCGCCCUCUUCUGACGUGGUGGGACCAAGCAAACCAGAAUAUGAACACACACCUUCACCUCUUCCUGACAUUCAAGAAAUCAAGAAGAUGGAGAGCCCUAGUAAACAACUGAGUAAAGCCUACAACAAGGAUGAAUAUGUCUAGGAUAUUCCCAUCACUGUAUGCUUUUCAGUCCUUAUUUUCUGACUUGAACUGUGGACACUCAUGUCUGUAUCUUUAAAGAAAAAAUGCCUUUUCGUGUGUGAGUUAUGAUGGUCAGCUGGAAACUC